AUGCUGAAGGCCAUUAUGGGAGCAGGCGGUUUUGCCUUGCCCUGGGCCUUCGCCCGUCUGGGUCUGGUGGGAGGGGGCGUGGCCCUCUUCAGCUCCGCGGCCCUGGGUCUCAUUAGCAUCCGGGAGCUCGCGGCACUGAAAAGACAAACGGAGAUCCAACAGAACAUGGUCGGGGCCACGUACGUUGACGUAGCUCGCGUGGUGCUUGGCGAGGCUGGUGCAGUGGCCGUGUACGGCCUGUCCAUCAUGUGCUCUGUGGGCGUGACUUCUGCAUACUUGGCUUUCGUGGCAUCCACCUUGCAGUCGCUCUUUCCAGGCAGGAGCUACAGCCACUGCUUGCUGUCCGCGGCGGGUUUUGUGCUUCCCACCACGUGGUUGCGCGACUUUGCCAUGCUCUCCAAGCUAUCGCAGAGUGGCACUUUUGCGGUACUCCUUGGGUACCUCGUCACCAUCCAGUCAGGUUCUUACGCGCAGGCAAAUGAGCCCCUGGCCACGAGGCUUCAGGGGCUCCACUCCAUGAGCCUGGGACCUGAUUCCUGGCAAGAUCUGGCACAGGGCUUCGGGCCAGUGGCCUUCCUCUUCUGCAUCCACUUUCUCCUCUUUCCCGUGAUGACCUCAGCCAGGUCCUCCGCCACGCCGGGGAAGUUUGUGCAGCUGGCUGCUGUUGCAUUCCUUAGCGCCGGGAUGGUGAACGCGAUGUUCGCCUACACUUGCCUGGCGCUCUUCGGAUCUCGCGUUUCUUCCAUCGUGCUAAAUGAUGUUGGCCAGGGCACGCUGUACCUGGUGGCGACGAAGCUCCUGCUCUGUGCGGACCUUCUCUGCUCCUAUCCCUUAGUGUUCGCCGCAGGCCGUGAGAUCGUCGAGCGCUCACUCUUCGAGCCCCAGACCUACCCGAGCUCCCAGAAAGAGGCCCUGAAGGACUCACACAAACUCCCCGGCCUCACCAACAUGGGCCGGGGAGGGGAGGCGGGUCUGCUGGUGGAGCCGAAACGCUGCGGCCUUCGCCUGCUCCUCGUGGCUGCCACGGUAAUCGUGGCACAGCUGGACUUUGCAGCCAUCCUGUCUCUUGUCGGGGGCGUGGCGCAGGUUUGUCUGGCUUUCGUGCUUCCCCCUCUGAUGGCCCUUCGCCUUCUGGGAAGCAUCAUGGGCCGCUGGCGCUUGGCUGCCAACCUCUUUCUUCUCAAGACCGGCGUUGCCGCAGUGAGUUUCUCACUUUUUGCUGGGCUCUCCUCAAACUGA